CCCAGAAACACCACCGACUCUGCUACAGCAUCUUUAACUAACCUGUCAGGAAAAGACAAAAAUCCAAAGUAGAAGAAGAAGAAGGAGAAGAAGGAGAAGGAGACUGCUGUUUACGUUUCUGCUCAGCUGGGAAGAGAGAGAGAGAGAGAGAGAGAGAGAGAGAGAGAGAGAGAGAGAGCUGCCGCUGCUCACCUGUCGCCGCCAUGACCGCGCUGCGAUUUUAGUGUUGGAGAAAAAUCGAUAAGCGACAAAAGAGGAAAAAAAAACGAAAGAAAAGAAAAAGUCAGAGGGACUAAUGGAUUCCCUGGAUUCAGGACAAAAGUUCCGUCCCAGACAGGACAAUGAUGUCGAGGAAGCAUUUCUGCAGGCUACAAAUCCCAAGGACCUGGAGAAGAAGUCAUGCAACAAGAAGGGGGCGGGGAUAGGAGUCGCCUUGGUGAUUGGUGUUCUGGCUGUGAUCGCAUUGCUGGUCGGGCUGUUUUGCCAGCCCCAGCAUGUGAAAAUGAAGAAAAUUUAUAUUGGCUCCAUGGAAAUCAACAACAAGCAAUUCCUGCCACAGUAUGAGGAGCCCGGCAGUUCUGAGUUCACUAACCUGGCUGCUCAGGUCUGCAAAGAGCUCAAACUGAUGUACUCCAAAAACUCACUGCUGGACAGAUACUUCAACCAUUCGUCCGUCCAGGCCUUCAGUGAGGGCGACACAGGGUCGAACACCAUUGUGGCUUAUUACGAAUCAGAGUUUGAUGUCCCCCCACCCCAGCAAGCCUCGCUGGAUGAAGCCAUCGACUCUAUGCAGCCUCCGGCAGGAAAAGGACGUUUUCUGCUGAAACCCACAGACGCCCUGAGUGUCAACAACAUCGUGUCACAAGCUAUAGAUCCACGCUUGACCAAAACCACGUUUUCAGAGAGGAAAAGCAUCGACAUCCACAUCGAAAACUCCGGGCACGUUGAGUCUCCGGGAUUUCCAAACUCUCCGUACCCUUCGAACGCCUACCUGCAGUGGAAGUUUCGGGCAGACCCGCAACACCGAAUCCAGCUCGACUUUGAUGACUUGAUCCUGGAGGACGACUGUCAGCGAGACUUCAUCAAAAUCUACGACUCGCUCGUCCCCAUAGAGAAACGCGCUAUGACAGAACAGUGUGGAUACCCUGACCAGUCGCUGUCCUUCAUCUCCUCUGGAAACGUCAUGCUGCUGAUGCUGGUCACUAAUGAGGAGAAAAACUUCCCCGGCUUCAGAGCGAACUACUCCCCGAUUCCUCAGACUACACUAAACUGUGGCGGCGCGCUGACUGGAGAGAAAGGCUCCAUCUCUUCACCGUUCUUCCCGUCCAACUACCCUCCUCGCACCACAUGUGUGUGGAACAUCGAGGUUGCAAGCAACAAAUUUUUGAAGGUUCUGUUCAACAAGUUCUCGCUGGGAAAUAAAACUGAAGGUUGCGGCCAUGAUUAUGUUGAGAUCAAUGAUGAAAGGCUGUGUGGCAGUGACUUGAAGAGCCCAGUGUUCACCAUCAACAGCAACAAGAUGACCAUUACAUUUAAGUCAGACUCCUCCUACGUUGAUCAGGGCUUCACUGCUGAGUACGAGGCCUUCACCCCGAACAAUCCUUGUCCAGGAAGGUUCGCGUGCAGCAACAACCUGUGCAUCAAUAACACUCUGCGGUGUGAUGGCUGGAGCGACUGUGGAGACAGCAGCGAUGAGAUCAACUGCAAGUGCGAUGCGUCUCAGAUACAGUGUAAAAAUGGUCACUGUAAACCAAAAUUUUGGCUGUGUGAUGGGGUGGACGACUGUGGAGACAGCACGGACGAGGAAAACUGUGAAAGGUGCAAAGGGCAGUUUUCCUGCAAAAAUGGCCGCUGCAUUGCCGAGAAUUUGAAGUGCAAUGGAAAAGAUGACUGUGGUGAUGCGUCUGAUGAGUCCAAAUGUGAAAAAUCUGUGGUGCUGCAGACGUGCUCAGAGUUCACCUUCCAAUGCAAAAACAAACUCUGCAUCAGUAAAAUGAACCCAGAGUGUGACGGAGUGCAGGACUGUACCGACGCCUCUGAUGAGGAUAACUGUGAGUGCGGGAUAAGGCCGUACCGCAGCUCUCGCAUCGUGGGAGGACAAGCGUCUCGGGAGGGCGAGUGGCCCUGGCAGGUCAGCCUCCACUUCAAGGGAAUGAGACAUGUGUGUGGAGCCUCUGUGCUGAGCGACCAAACAUGCAAAGGGCAGUUUUCCUGCAAAAAUGGCCGCUGCAUUGCCGAGAAUUUGAAGUGCAAUGGAAAAGAUGACUGUGGUGAUGCGUCUGAUGAGUCCAAAUGUGAAAAAUCUGUGGUGCUGCAGACGUGCUCAGAGUUCACCUUCCAAUGCAAAAACAAACUCUGCAUCAGUAAAAUGAACCCAGAGUGUGACGGAGUGCAGGACUGUACCGACGCCUCUGAUGAGGAUAACUGUGAGUGCGGGAUAAGGCCGUACCGCAGCUCUCGCAUCGUGGGAGGACAAGCGUCUCGGGAGGGCGAGUGGCCCUGGCAGGUCAGCCUCCACUUCAAGGGAAUGAGACAUGUGUGUGGAGCCUCUGUGCUGAGCGACCGCUGGCUGCUGACCGCCGCUCACUGCGUCCAAGACAAUGUGAAUAUGUCAUUACAAGUGAGCAGCAAGACCAGCCGCCUGCGGAGCACUCAUCACUCGUGGCACUUUGUGAAUCCCUGUUUCGAUUGUUCCGGGGCGACCGUACUGCAGAAGGCAGCCGUCCGGAUCAUCAACAGCACAGUGUGCAAGAGUCUCCUGACCGACCCGGUGACCGACAACAUGCUGUGUGCUGGAGUCCUCACAGGAGGCGUGGACGCCUGUCAGGGCGACUCUGGUGGACCCCUGUCUUUCACCAGCACCAAGGGGCGGGUCUUCCUGGCUGGUGUGACGAGCUGGGGCGAAGGCUGCGCUCGCAAAAACAAACCUGGCAUCUAUACCCGAGUUACCAAAUAUCGCAACUGGAUAAAAGAAAAUAGUGGAGUGUAGGAACGGGAACGUGCACAGGUUCUCUGGAUUACGGGUGUUUCUCUUGGAUUCACUGUG